CCCUAAUUUCUUCUCCCGUCUUCGAUAUUUCGUACAUGGCUACCCCAUUUUCAGAGAAAAACCAACAAACAAGGAAACAGAAGAAAAAAAGGAACGGAAGGGAUCGCAAACCUUAGAAGAGGAAGAAAAGAGAGAGAGAGUGUGUGUUUUUGCAGGUCGGAAAUGACACAAUAGCCCUUUCCCUCUCAGUUUCUUUAUUCCAACAUAUUGAAUUUUCUCAGUUUCUUUGUUAUUUUCUCCUUCACCAAGAGAUAUGUUGCUGUCUGGCGAGAUUUGCUGAGUAUUCCAUGUUAUCUCCGCUGUAAAUUGUCAUUUGAGAAGAAGACAUUUGAAGAAAUUUAGUAAAAGCGAUACUCCAACUGACUCAUCGUUUGCAAUUAAUUUCAUCAUGGUUGCUACUGCUGCUACCGCGUCAUUCUUCCCAGCUGCUUCUUCAUCUGUCGAAUCUGGUGCAAAGUCUACCAAGCUUGGUGCUCCCAAUUUGGAAGGAAUCAAGUCAAAGUCUGGUUCAGGUGGUGGUCUGAAAGUCAAGGCAAACACCAAAGCCCCUUCUAAGAUAAAUGGUACCUCACUUGGCUUGAGGUCUUCUGCAGAGAGUGUGAAGAAUGUGGACAGCGUUCUAUCACUAUCCCCAAGGACUUUUAUCAACCAGUUACCUGAUUGGAGCUUGCUUCUUGCUGCUAUCACAACCAUAUUCUUGGCAGCAGAGAAGCAGUGGAUGAUGCUUGACUGGAAGCCGAGGCGGCCCGAUAUGCUAAUUGACCCUUUUGGUAUCGGUAAAAUUGUUCAGGAUGGUCUUGUAUUUCGGCAGAACUUCUCGAUCAGAUCAUAUGAAAUUGGUGCUGAUCGUAUGGCAUCCAUAGAGACGUUAAUGAAUCACUUACAGGAAACGGCCCUCAACCAUGUCAAGUGUGCAGGCCUGCUUGGUGAUGGAUUUGGCUCCACCCCAGAGAUGAGCAAAAGAAACCUGAUAUGGGUGGUCACUAGAAUGCAGGUUCUUGUAGAUCGCUAUCCUACGUGGGGGGAUGUUGUUCAAGUAGAUACUUGGGUGAGUGCCUCAGGAAAAAAGGGUAUGCGUUUUGAUUGGCGUGUUCGCGAUGCAAAAAAUGGAGAAACUCUAACUCGAGCUUCCAGCGUUUAUGUGAUGAUGAAUAAACUGACGAGGAGAUUUUCGAAGAUUCCAGAAGAAGUUAGAGCAGAAAUUGGGCCUUAUUUUUUGAAUUCUGAUCCUGUUGUUGACGAGGACAGCAGAAAACUACCAAAACUUGAUGACAAUACAGCGGACAUUGUUUGUAAAGGUUUAACUCCUAGAUGGAGUGAUUUAGAUAUCAACCAGCAUGUUAACAAUGUGAAGUACAUUGGCUGGAUCCUUGAGAGCGCUCCGCAGCCAAUCCUAGAGAGUCAUGAGCUUUCUUCCUUGACUUUAGAGUACAGGAGGGAAUGUGGAAGGGACAGCGUGCUGCAGUCCCUAACCGCUAUCUCUGGUGCUUCCAUCGGAAAUUUGGGAAAUGCUGGUGAUGUUGAGUGCCAGCACUUGCUUCGCCUUGAUAAUGGAGAUGAGAUUUUGAGGGGAAGGUCUGAAUGGAGGCCCAAACAUGCCAAAAACUUUGGCAUUGUAGGUCAUGUUCCAGCAGAGAAUGCCUAGGAGUAUCAAAUACAUUGCAGCAGCAGCUGGGAAUGGUUGGUUAUCUCUUCUUUGCUGGUGUCUCACUCACAUGGCUUGUGUGCAAUCCCCCCACCUGUUUCUGGAUUUAUAGUAUCUUCAUUUAUAUAUAUGUUCUUUAUAAUUUGUUUUAGAGAGGAAGCAGCUCUUGAACUCUUGUGAUUAGAUUUGGCUACACAAACCUUUCGCUCUCUCCCCCGUCAAAUUGGUUGCCUCUGUCUUGUAGUCUAAUCAUUUGUGGGGGUUCAACUCGUUUUGUGACCCCUGCCUAGCUGUCUGUCUGGAUAAGUUAAUGUAAGUUUAUACUAUUAGGAAUUCUCCCAUGCGGGUUUAAAAUACGGACCAUGUUUUAAAGGCGUGGAUAUAGAAUUAUUACAUUCUACUCUCUAGGGAUGGUGCUCUGCUGUGUUGUUUUUGAUCCAGAAAUGCAAGUGUCCAACUGCAGCAUUGAUUUACUUGGACCA